CUGUGUGAGAAGAUAAUGCCGAGGGACAAAUACGACGAAAACAGCGUCCUUUUAGAAGUCACAUCCGGCAGGACGACAGGCGGCGACAUUUGCCAGCAGUUCACGAGAGAAAUCUUCGACAUGUACCAGAAUUACGCAGAAUACAAAGGCUGGACGUUUGAAGUCACCAAGUACUGCCGAGCUGAGAUAGGGGGGCUCCACCACGCAGCGGCCCGAGUCUUGGGCAGCCACGCCUACCAACGCUUGAAGUUUGAAGGAGGGACACACCGGGUGCAGCGGAUCCCCCAGAGCGGCUUGUCUUCCAGAAUGCAGAGAAUGCACACCGGGACCAUGACGGUCAUCGUCCUCCCUCUGUCCGAGAAGGGAUUUUUAAACGGCAAGGAACAUCUGGAUGAUUUAAUCAGCAGCCUGUUGGAGGCUUCACAGAUGAAACUUCUGGCUGAACAGUUGGAAAAUAAUUUGAAAUCUCUGUCGGCAGGCUCCUGAACUGAUGGAACGAACUUUUUUUUUUAAAAAAAGGUUUCUUGUGUUGGUAAAAAAAAUUAAAGAGAACUAUUUAAGAAA